CCAAGGUCUAGACCCUACUCGCAGGCCGGAGAAUCAUAUGGUGGGGGAACAUCGUAUGUUUCCUAAUGCCGUUAGAGUGGUUCUCCAUAGGUAUCGCGUCGACGCGUCUUAAGGCAAUUGUACGUAGAAGCUAUCCGACUUCUAUGCAUAGCUGAUCCCAAACAAAGCGCAACCACUCUUAUCUUAUACGUGGAACUCGUUUCCAGAAUUGGCGUUCAUGGAAGUUAUCAGGAACCUCCAAAUAUCUCUAGGCGACCAACUUGACCAGGCCUUCAAUCGCGCGUACAAUGAGCUGAAUGCCGAGCUUGCUGCUCGAGAUGCAAGAAUCCAUCAAGCAGAAGAGAAAGCAAGGACUGCGGAAGAAGCUCGCGUAAAGGCUGUGAAGCGGGCUGAAGAACUCCGGCACGAGAACAAGUCGUUUCAAAAGAAGUUCCGGGCCGAUCAGACUGAUACCGAUGGACAGAGCUCUUCCGCUGCGAUAUUCAACGAUAUUCAAAGAGCAUAUGAUCCAGAGAAAGUCUUGACUACCAUAAGUGGUGGUAGAAUAAACGCCGGUAACGCUCAACUACUUGAAGCACAUCGCAGUCUUGAGUCCAAGUACAGGUCCCUCUAUACCCAGGUACAAGAACUUGCGACGGCGUCUGAUACGCUCAGGCGGAAGGUCAAACACGCAAAGAAAACACUGUCUCAAUGGCAGGGGUAUUUCAAUCGGGAGGAGUUUACAGUCCCUGUCCAGGGGGUCAAUGUCACGUUCAGACGAAUUGAACGAAUUGGGGAGCGUAGCCGCUCAGGCCGAUCAUCUUCACGCCAUUUACCACAACCCUUCGAUAAGCGCGAUGGAGACCAAGUCGACCUAUCGCUUCUUCAGUCAUCCGACUCUACGCCAACUGCAUCACAGAGCUCGGGAAUUGAGGAACAAAGGCAGCGCGACGAGAGUGACGGUAAUCCACCUGCUGCAAUGAUUGUAACACCAGUCGAACCGAAUGUCACCGUGGAGCCUGUUUUGCCACCGCUAUACAGCAGAGAAACUAUGGCAACGGGGACCUACGAAAGACCCGCUGUUAUAAAAGCCGAGAAAAGCACCUCCAGUGAACUGGAUAGCUUAUUGAACGGCCUUGAGUCAGGCCCACCUGGGACACAAGACUUGGAGGACGUUGGAAAGACAGUCGAGACUCCAAGGAAACAUGUACACUGGGACAACGGAUCUCAUGGGACUUCGACAUUGAGGGUAUUCCAUGAAUCUGAACCUCGGAGAUUUACUUUUGGCCGUGAUUCGGGGGAGUUCCGUGCGCAGCAAACAACAGGGCGGCAAACGCCCCUUCAGCCGAUAGAUACUAAUAGAGCAGUGACUCGCCAGCCCGGACCUGGGCCGGAUUCCAAGCGCAGGAAGACAGGCGUGAGAGGUGUACACGCGAUACCUAGCGUGGCAGAAGAUGGCGAAGAAAAUUAUGCCGGCAUGGCAGCAGAACGCAAUCAUAGGACGGCUAACACUCCUGCCCCUAAGGGAGGUCUCUUAGCUGGGAGCUCUGCCUCCGCAAAACGUCGCUUGGAUGAUCUACUUGCAGCGCCGUCGCCCAAAAGGUCACCUCUUCUACCACCUAGAUCACAAAAGGCAUCUACUGGUGCGACGGGGCGAUCGCGUCCGGACCGACAAAGAUCUCCUUCGAGACAAUAUUUGAAUAAUGACGCUCACAGCCCUGAACCGCCAGAUCCGGAAGACGAGCCCUUCAGAUGCCGCCCAGUCCAUAAACUCAACCUUGAUUGUUUCAAGAUCAAUACUGAGUAUAACCAGGGGCUGGAAUUUGCGUUCGACGAAGUUGUCCGGAAGCGAGACCAACGUAAAUGCCUUGCCGGAUGUACACGUCCGGACUGUUGCGGUGAUAAGUUUCGUGCCAUGGCACGGGCGGGAGGUCUUACGAGUGCAGGCGAUGAAGAUAGUCAAAUUCUGGAAGAUUAUAUGGGCGAUCAGAAGCACAAGCUGGAAACAAUGGGCGAGCAGGAGAAGCACGAUCUUCUGAUCGAGGCGAAAGCGAGACUGUUAGCGAAUCAAUAUGGAAAACAUAGAUACGCACACGAACGACCACGGUCGCCUCCUGGAUUCUGGCGUACAGACAUGCCUAGCACCCAGGAAUUGGAACGGGAUCAGGAAGAUGCCAGGAAGUUGGAGCGCGAGAAGGUGAUGGAACGAUACAGAGAGGCUAUGCGUCCCGGAGGACUAUGGAAGUUCGCCGACGAGCCUUAGAACAAGUACCGAUAAAGUGUGUACUCUGUAUCUCCCAUCCCGCAAUUUUCUUAUUUGAU